AUGAAGAUUGUCCUCCCUCUCUUUGCUACUGCCUGGUCGCUACUCGGUACUUCCAAUGCGGACUGGAUUGUCGGUCAGUCCGUGCCAACGACCAGUGGCCUUGUCAUCGGUCACGCUGCGGCCGACGCAUCCGAGGUCUCCGAGUAUGUCGGGAUUCCAUAUGCCCAACCACCCCUAGGAAACCUCCGUUUUCAACCACCCGUGGCAUAUCAUGGGGACGGAACUAUCAAUGCAACCUCCUUUGUCAGUUCAACCCUUAGGUGUCUUAGUGCUAUAACCCUGACAUUGUUCCUGCUGUUAACGCCCACUGUGUCACAGGGCCCGAGCUGCAUCCAGCCGCCAUCCGCAGCAAGCAACAACACCACCAGUGCACCACCCCAGAAUCUCGGUAUUCCGCCUAUGUCUCCUGUAGCUUUCACGACUGACGAAUACGCAGAGAGUGAGGAUUGUUUGACAUUGAACGUCUGGACGAAGCCGCAGACUGGAGAGAAGAAGAAAGCGGUGCUGGUCUGGAUCUAUGGAGGGGCAUAUGUGUCCGGCAGCUCUAACCAACCCGGCUACCGAGGGCAAUUCAUCGCCGAUCAGACCGACGUUAUUGUGGUCUCGAUGAACUACCGUGUCAACAUUUUCGGCUUCCCGGGUGACCCAGCCAGCCCCGCCAAUCUCGGGCUCCGAGACGUUCGCCUGGCCUUGGAAUGGAUCCGGGACAAUAUUGCGCAGUUCGGCGGUGAUACCGCGCGCAUCACUAUAUUCGGACAGUCGGCCGGCGCGGGCAUUGUUGAUUUCUACUCCUUCGCGUACGCCGACGAUCCCAUCGCGUCCGGUUUUAUCGAGAUGAGUGCAACUCUAUACGGAUUCCCGGCACUGACAGCCGAGGAAUCCAACGACCGGUGGUUCCAUGUCACUCGCUUGGUCGGUUGCGGAGACGCGACCUCUAACCCAGAAGCUGUCAGCACCUGCAUGGUCAACCGGACCGUGGACGAGAUCCUGGCAGGAUACGACCCGGCCACGGUUCCCCUCAACCCGUCUCCGUACGGACCCGUCGUCGACAACGACGUGGUCUUCUCGAGCUACCUCGACCGUCGCGCGGCCAAAGGGGGGUAUCUGAUCGGUAACACGCAGAACGAGGCCGGUCUAUUCAAGCUCUUGCAGCCUCCCCAAUCGGAGGCGUACUGGAACGACUUCAACGACCGGCUAUAUACCUGUGCAGACAAGGUCCGAAUUGAGCAGUCCAUCGCGGACGGCAAUCCAACCUGGAGGUACCGAUAUUUUGGCGAUUUCCCUAACUUGGUCCUGUCGACGACCCCGCCGAGCGGUGCCUACCACGGCUCUGAGCUCGGUCCACUGUUUGACACGGUGAACCAGACGUUGCUGAAGAGCACCGCGGCGGAGGUCGCUGUCGGUGAUUACCUGCGUGAAGUUUGGUCGAGUUUUGCGAAAGACCCGCGGCGGGGACUGGAUGCAUUUUGGCCGCAGUAUACCGAGAUGGGGAGCAGUUUGGCUCGGAUUGGGUUUAAUAAUAUGACGAUGAGCUUGGGGUCUGGUGAGAUGUAUGAUCAUGUUUGUCGCUGGAGUUACGACGGAGUCAGUCCCCCGGCUGUUCUGGGAUCGGUACAUUAG